GGUAUUUAUUUUCUCUCCCAUCCCAAAAGUAUGGAAUGUGAUCUACACAGUAAUGAAAAUUGUUAGCCAUUUAUCAGUUUCAGUGUCCUUGUCUCAUUUAAGAAGUAUAUAUUGUGACAAUACUGUGCCUUUAAGAGAUGUGUUCUGUCCAGUUUCUCUUGCAGAAGGAUUUUGUCGUGGUGGUACUGAGGUGUCUCCUCCCAGCAGGCAAUUUGUAAAUAGCUUUGGGUUUCUUUCUGGGUGUUUUUUUGAGUAAGACAAAAGAAUCAUUGAGUGGGCGGGAUCAGGCUCACACAAAUUCUGAGGACUUUGGCUUUGCUUUCGAUGGGUUGGUUUGUUAGUUAGCUGCUGGAGCAGACAGCUAGAGUUCUCUUUGCUGUUAGAUUGAAGAGUUAAGAGAGUUUUCUUGUUUGAAAUCAAAAAGGGCAGAUUGUUUCUACUGGACUGGAGAGAGACAGCAUGUGAGAAUAAUAGCUGUUUUGCUGCAUUGCAUUUUGCCAAAGGCUGUGUUUAUGGGUUGCUGCCUAUAUUAAAACAGCUGAUGAUUAGCAGUUAAAUACCAUAUAUACCCAAAUAAAAGUCAAUCUCAUGUAAAUGUCGACCCUCUAAUUUUGGCCAAAAAAUCAGGAAUUUUCCAUAUAUUUUGUGUAAAUGUCGACUGUAGUUCUUCACAGAUAACAGAUCAACAUUUGUGAGUCAAGGUAUUAUCCUGUACAUAAAUGUUAAGAUGAGGAAAUGAUCGGUGAGACUGUAUGAGAGUCAAAUGUCUGAUUAAGCUUUUAUUUCUGAUUUUAAAAAAAAGUUGUGUUACUUUGAAAAAUUAAAACAACAAUUGACAAGAGAAAAUGGAGGGAAAUGGAAGAAUUUGGCGCAAAAGUUUAAAAUGAAUCAUGUCAGAGUCAGGCACUCAAGAAAUACAGUCAUACACCUAGUUGAGAUUUUCAAAUUUCUUCAUCAUUUUGUGUAAAAGUGCCCUCCAGAAAAGCAAAAAACAAAAAUACAGCAGCAUUUAAACUGAAAGUUAUUGAAGUUGCAGAGAAGACAAAUAACACUGUAGCAGCAAGAGAAUUUUUUGUUUCGGAGAAAUUUGUGAGGGACUGGAGAAAGAUAUUAAACCAACUUCAGAUAAAACCAAAACAAAAGUGUGCCAACUGAGGCAUACCUAGCAAGUGGCCACAAUUGGAGAAAAAAGUUUCUGAGUGGGUUCUUGAAAAUGAUCAAAAUGGAAAUGUGUUAAUCACAAAGCCAGCCGAAUCCAUGCACGAAACAAAUCAAAGAAGGAUGGAAUGUCAGAUUUUAAGGCAAGUGCUGGAUGGUGCACGAGGUUCAUGAGAAGCCAUGACUUAGUACUUCAGUAGAGAACUAAGAUUGCACAAAAGCUGCCUGCUGAACUCGAAGGUAAGAUAUUACAGAUUCACCAGAGAAGGAAGGCUACAAGUUAUCAUGCAUUAGAAACAUGGACGAAAUGCUUAUCACUCUUGACAUGCCAGAGAAUCGAACUGUGAACCAAAAAGGAGAAAAAACAGUAUUGGUGAAAACUAUUGGCCAUGAGAAAACUCAUAUCCUCAUAAUUCUGCUUGUUGCAAUUGUGCUUUUGAUAGUUAUGCACCAUAAUCUAUUUAAUGCUCAUGACCUUUUGAGGAAGGAGAAUUCAGAAUCAAAGUAUAGUGGAGUGUGGAGGAUUGCAGAAGUGAGAACGGGUGAAGAGAUUCCAAUUCUAAUCCCAGCUGUAGAGGAGCGACUUGGAGGCGUAAUAGCAGCCAUAAACAGUAUAUAUAGUAACACCAGGUCAAAUGUGAUCUUUUAUGUAGUUACUACAAAUGAUACUGUUGAUCAUUUAAGAGCUUGGCUUCAAAAGCAAGAACUGAUGGGUAUAAAGUAUAAAAUUCUGAGAUUUGAUCCUCGUGUUCUAAAAGGCAAAGUACAAGAUGAGGGUGAUUCAACUGAAAUAAAACCACUGACUUUUGCAAGGUUUUAUCUACCCACUUUGAUUUCUGGCACAGAGAAAGCCAUUUACCUGGAUGAUGAUGUGAUUGUGCAAGGAGAUAUCCGUGAGCUUUAUGACACUGAACUGAAGGCAGGUCAUGCUGCAGCAUUUUCUGAAGAUUGCGAUUCUGUAUCUUCAAAGGUGUUGGUUAGAGGCGCAGGAAGUCAGAACACAUAUUUGGGAUUCCUUGAUUAUAAAAAAGAAACCAUUAGGAAACUUGGUAUGAAGGCAAGCACGUGCUCCUUUAAUCCCGGUGUUUUUGUAGCUAAUCUCACAGAGUGGAGGCAGCAGAACAUUACAGAGCAGCUUGAAAGGUGGAUGGAAAUCAAUGUAGCGGAGAACUUGUAUGGUGGUGCUCUGGCUGGCAGCGUUACAACACCACCCAUGCUCUUGGUAUUCUAUAAACAAUACUCUUCCAUUGAUCCAUUGUGGCACGUGAGGCAUCUUGGGUCUAAUGCUGGUACCAGAUAUUCAUCGCAUUUUAUUAAAGCUGCCAAGUUGCUUCAUUGGAAUGGACGUUUCAAACCUUGGGGGCGUACCUCUUCAUACAGUGAUAUUUGGGACAAGUGGUAUAUUCCAGACCCCACUGGAAAAUUCCACCCAGUACGUAGACAUGCAGAGGAUGAGGAAGCUCAUUAGCAGAUAACGAUAAAUGUGACUUCUAAAUCAUUAACUUAGUUUGUACAAACUACCACCACUCAGGAAUUUGUGAUUCAAUUCAUUCUAAGUGUGCAUUCAGAUUGUUUCAUUUUUUAGGCUGUCUUUUUUUACAUGCACAACAAACAAGACCAUAGAUUUUUCUUGCUGUGGAGAAAAUGGAGGACUUUGUCAUUCCUGAUUCUAGUAAAAUAAGGUGUUCAAAUCCUGUGUAAGCCUGGAUGAAAUAAGGACUUCAAGUUAAAUGUUUUAACCCAGGUAAGACCACAUGUAUUAUUAAAUAUUUUAAUAUUCAUCAUAAAACUAA